AUGGACUCCAUCUCCAGAGUCGAGUACAACAUCCGCGACCUGAGCACCAGGUCGGUGACUCUGUUCCCUACAAAGGCUCAGGUCUCCCGUGAUGUGAGAGAUGUGCCAUUGCGCCCUGGCACUAAUGAGAUCACUAUCCUGGGCCUUACACCUACCGUCGACGAGCACUCGAUUAAGGUCGAGGGCAACGGCGCAGCCACCAUCGUCGACAUCAGCAUUGAACCCGUGCCCAACCAUGAGCUGUUUGCCGACGUCUACCCCGACUCUGACGACGAGGAGAAGUCGGACGAGGAGUCGGAUGUUGAAGACGUCGAGGUCAGCGAGAGCGCAGAGCUCAUAACAGCCAAAGCGCGUGUGACAGAGCUCAACGACCAGGUCGAGAUAGCCAAUGAGGUGGUCAAGUCCACUGAGCUCCGAAAGAGAUAUCUCAAUGGCUACUACAACUCGCUCAACCCCAAGCACAACAUCGACAUUGAGAAAGCGAUGGCCACCUACAAGGACGAGCGCAUCAAGGCCCAUCAAGAGUGCCUCGAAGCUCAAGAGCUCAAGAGCAAGCUCGAGCCAGAGCUGCAGAAGGCGCAGGCCAUACGCGCUCGGCUGAUCAAACGGCAUGAGAGAGAGAAGACCCGCGCCAACCGUGAGACAGCCAAGAUCCGGAAGCGCAAGAGUGUUGAGCGGCGCAACAAGGAGUUGAGAGAGCAGGAGCGUGUCAAGGAGAAGAACCGCAUCCGAACAGAGAGGGAGAGCUUCUGGCCCAAGUACUGCUACGCCGUGCACAUCAAGCUUGAGGUUGGCGUCGCCACACCUGCACCGUCUAGUGUUGACGUGGCUAUGGGUGAAAAGGACUGGGAGAUGCCUCAGAAUGACCAAAAGGGCGAGUCGGUGGCCCCAGAGGAUGUGAUGCUCCAGAGCUGCGACUUGAUCCUCUCGUAUAUUACUGGGGCAGCCUGUUGGCAGCCGAGCUACGAUAUCCAGCUCGAUACUACAAAUUGCACCGGCAUCCUCUGCUUUGAUGCGCAAAUCACCAACACCACCUCUGAAACCUGGGAGAGGUGCAAGGUUACCCUCUCCACAUCGCAAGCAGCAUUCUCAGGCCUUGUGGACGCUGCUCCUACUCUUGAGCCUUGGAAUAUCAUACUCAAGCCCAAGGGCGAUGGCUACGGGCCCGAUCCCCUCGUCAAGAGCCGCGAGGAAGUCGAGCUGCGCUCAAGAUUCUGGGAGUCACAGCACCCUAGGUCGGAUAUGAAGCCAAGGAUUGCAAUGUUUGGCAUCGACAACCCUUCAUCCAACACCCACCCACCACCUGUCCCGGCAGCUUCAGGAGCUGCACCACAUGCGGGCAUGUCUAAUCAACAGCAGAACAAGAAGCGCCUGAUGAUGUCUAGGCAGGAGCAGGGAAUGCAAGGCUUGCAAGCCCAAGCUCAGAUGCAAGCGAUGCAGCAACAACAAGCACAGCAACAGCAAGGAUUCCAGCAGCAACCACCACCCUUCGACGACGCAGCCCUCUCCGACCCAGGCACCGUCAGCCGCGAGGACUCCCGCCUCAGCUUCGAAGAAUCCCUCAUCGACCAGACCGGCUUCACCACAACCUACGACCUCCCCGGCCUCAAGACCCUCGCGCCCAGGUCCACCCCAACCAGCCAGCGCGUCGCCCGCAUCGCCUUCCCCAACGUCCCCUUCCGCCACACCAUCGUGGCCAAGUACCGCCCGGCCGCCUACCUCAGCGCCAAGCUCCAGAACGACAGCAAGAUCAACCUCACCCGCGGCCUCGCCGGCGUCUCCCUCGACGGCAGCUUCCUCGGCCGCGUGCCUCUCGGCCGCUGCAGCGUCGGCGAGCACCUCAACCUCAACCUCGGCGUCGACCCGGCCAUCACCGUCGCCUACCCGCCCCCGGAGGUGCACAAGGCCACCCGCGGCUUCUUCGCCAAGGACGACGUGAGGGUGUACGAGCGCUGCGUGCGCCUCGAGAACAAGCGCACCUGGACCGCGCAGGCCACCAAGCUCUUCGUGCUCGACCAGAUCCCCGUCGCCGAGGACGAGCGCCUGCGCGUCGACCUGCUGCAGCCCGAGGGCCUGGUCAUGGACGGCGAGAGCAAGCCGACGGGAGUGCCCGGCAGGACCUUCAAGGAGGAAGAUAAGGCGUGGGGGCGGGCGUCGGCGCAUCUAAGGAAGGGCGGACAGGUGCAGUGGCUGGUGUAUCUGGAGCCCGGCAAGGCCGUCAAAUUGCCGCUGGAGUACCAGGUUUCGGUUCCCAACAACGAAGAGGCGGUUCAGGCGCCUAGGGCAUAA